AUGACUCUUUUCGCCCUCCUAGCCAUCAUCUCUUGUAUUCUUUCCGUACACGCCAUCAAGUUUGAACUGCCCUCUUCAAUAGAACCAGAGGAGAAGUGCAUAUGGAAUGCAGCACAUUCGGGGGCGCUUAUCAUUGUUACGGCCAACGUUGGACCAGGGAAGGACCAACGGGUUGACGUCGAAAUUAGAGAACGUGAAGGAGGCAACGUGUAUCUUAACAAAAAAAACAUACGCGGCGAAACUCGCUUGGCUGUGACGGCCCAUCGAGAUGAUGAUGUGGGCGUGUGUUUCAGGAAUACGUUGGAACCCACUGCCGCCAGGUCGAAAGUGCUGUACAUUCGCAUAAUUGACCUAGACGUAGACAUAGGUGCCGAUGCAGUGGACUAUAAUGCCAUUGCCAACCAAGAUGGACUGUCUGCACUUGAAGUGGAAAUGCGGAAGCUGGAAGGGAUUGUGAAGGAGAUAGUAGAAGAACUUGGAUAUCUGAAAGAGCGCGAAUCCCGAUUCUCAAGCACAAAUGAUUCGACGAACCUGCGAGUUCAAAACUUUUAUCUCUUUACAAUCUUCGCGUUACUCUGUCUGGGGGUCUGGCAGAUUCUUCAUCUCCGGGCAUUUUUCCGUCGAAAGUAUCUUAUCGACUGA